CAGCACCGGGCCCUUAUUUACUGUCAGACGCAGAUGCAUACAGAGAACGUGCAUGUGCGUGUCUUGUGGGGCAUACAUAGACAGCGGUUUUAUAAUAGGCGGCCAUCCCUUUGUACUCGUUUGUGGUAGAUCGAUUUCUAUACAUGGAGUCGGUGGUCGGAUCAGAUCACUUGUAUCCAGCUCGGCGGGCAGAGUUCUGGCAGGUGCUGCUCUGCAUGGGGUUUGACCCCUCGGCCGCAUGCACAGGCGCAUACUCGGGAUUGGCUCUGGAGCCCACAGUGUUUGAGAACGGCAUCUACCACACCAAGGCAGCAGAGGUGAUCCUGCACUUUCUGUUCACACAGCUGGAUGCGGGGCGAUUCAGGCGCGAGUUCUUUGACUGCUGGCCUGUAUGCGAUCCACGGCAGUCGCGGGAUUUCCGGUCACACUCGUUCAAGUGGCUGGAGGAGUUCAAAAAGGACACAGCGAAUUGGCCCGCAGACGUGCCGGUUCGGCGGUCCUACGUGGACGAGUGCCGCGGAGUGCGGUUCGAGGAGAUGCUGUGGACGCUGGCGAAACACACGGCGCUUCAUCUGCUGCAUGGCCCAUGGCGCCCGGCGCUGAAACACGCCUGUGGCCGAUGUGCCAAUCGGCGAGCGCGGCAAGCUGAGCCACCAGCAGCACGAGCAAAUAAGCAAGGCGCUGGCGAGCUGCCGGGCACGGUAUGCGCGGCUGGACAAGAGACAGAAUGCAAGCGCAGGCUGCAUGGCGGCGAGCCGAGCAGGAUCUGCGAGCCGAAAUAGGCAGCGCCCGCGAGGAGCGCGACAAGACACGCCAUGCAUUCCGCUCGAUGCGCCGAGCCCUCAACUCAGCAUGCCCCGGCACUGUUGCCGUGCCAGGAAUCGAGGCUAGUGCCGCCGAGGUGCAGCAGGAGCUGGAGAAGCUGGCCUGAGGAGGCCCGGGGACUGUGGGCGGCGACCAGUGGGUGGGUGGAUGCGCACCGGGCA